CAUUAUCCCCAGUGUAUUUAUACCUGUGUUCUCUGUUUGUCUGUUGCCAGUUCGUUUUGUUUCGUCAAGCCUACCAAUAAGCAAGGGUGCUUUCCAGUUAGCAACUACAAAUAGACAGUGAGGGCGGGGCUAGGUGCAUUAGACUCCUUGCCUGAUUGGCUGAAACGUUCCGUGGUCUCUUAGCAGCAGGCUCCCCAGCCCCAGGGAGGAGAUUCCCUUUCCUUAUGGAAUUUAAUAUUGUUCCAUUUUUGAUGCAUAAAUCCUUUGUACAAGCGGGAAAGGUGGGUCAUUGUUCAGGGCAUAAUGUUCCCUACAUAAUGAUACACAGAGAAGUGAUUCAUAACGAGGAGAAUACACAGUAUCAUUCAACAUUUCUACAGCACACAAUGAUCAUAGCAUCAUCAGUAUAGUUGUUGCCUCCCAGCCUAGAUCCUUAUGUAAAAAUGUUGUCCUGAUUCCAAAUGAUGGUCUGGAUUCUGUCCCUUCAGAGCAGAGCGAGCCAUUUGGCGGGCCCCUGCUGUUAUGGUGCCGUCCUGGAUAGAACGUCUGGAGGCUGGGUUGUGUCACGUAUUUUAAUCUCCACCAUUGUUAUGCCGAUAGGGCGAGUAGAUGUGUAUUGGGUACGUUCUGCCAACCUCCUAUAAAAGCAUUCUGGUGCCAAGUGUCGGCCGUGGCUGGGAUCACCCAGGUGGAGCAUUCUGGUGCCAAGUGUCGGCCGUGGCUGGGAUCACCCAGGUGGAGCAUUCUGGUGCCAAGUGUCGGCCGUGGCUGGGAUCACCCAGGUGGAGUAUUCUGGUGCCAAGUGUCGGCCGUGGCUGGGAUCACCCAGGUGGAGCAUUCUGGUGCCAAGUGUCGGCCGUGGCUGGGAUCACCCAGGUGGAGCAUUCUGGUGCCAAGUGUCGGCAGUGGCUGGGAUCACCCAGGUGGAGCAUUCUGGUGCCAAGUGUCGGCCGUGGCUGGGAUCACCCAGGUGGAGCAUUCUGGUGCCAAGUGUCGGCCGUGGCUGGGAUCACCCAGGUGGAGCAUUCUGGUGCCAAGUGUCGGCCGUGGCUGGGAUCACCCAGGUGGAGCAUUCUGGUGCCAAGUGUCGGCCGUGGCUGGGAUCACCCAGGUGGAGCAUUCUGGUGCCAAGUGUCGACCGUGGCUGGGAUCACCCAGGUGGAGCAUUCUGGUGCCAAGUGUCGGCCGUGGCUGGGAUCACCCAGGUGGAGCAUUCUGGUGCCAAGUGUCGGCCGUGGCUGGGAUCACCCAGGUGGAGCAUUCUGGUGCCAAGUGUCGGCCGUGGCUGGGAUCACCCAGGUGGAGCAUUCUGGUGCCAAGUGUCGGCCGUGGCUGGGAUCACCCAGGUGGAGCAUUCUGGUGCCAAGUGUCGGCCGUGGCUGGGAUCACCCAGGUGGAGCAUUCUGGUGCCAAGUGUCGGCCGUGGCUGGGAUCACCCAGGUGGAGCAUUCUGGUGCCAAGUGUCGGCCGUGGCUGGGAUCACCCAGGUGGAGCAUUCUGGUGCCAAGUGUCGGCCGUGGCUGGGAUCACCCAGGUGGAGCAUUCUGGUGCCAAGUGUCGACCGUGGCUGGGAUCACCCAGGUGGAGCAUUCUGGUGCCAAGUGUCGGCCGUGGCUGGGAUCACCCAGGUGGAGCAUUCUGGUGCCAAGUGUCGGCCGUGGCUGGGAUCACCCAGGUGGAGCAUUCUGGUGCCAAGUGUCGGCCGUGGCUGGGAUCACCCAGGUGGAGCAUUCUGGUGCCAAGUGUCGGCCGUGGCUGGGAUCACCCAGGUGGUGCCACAUAUUGGUACUAGAAGAUGUGAGUUUCUCCUCCUAGAGAAAGGUGUGUAGAAAGAGGACACCAUGACUUCCAUGAGUGUCCAUGUGCCAGCGUAUGGAGACUGGUAAUCAAGUAGCCUUAAAUAACCGGAUUUGAAAUGAAGUGUUCCUUCUAGCCAUCACGUUGACCAUGUUAUGUUCAAGUAAAACCUGACUUCUCUUUUAGCCUAUUGUUUUUCAUUAGGUCAACACAAUAACACUUUGAACAUUUGAUUGUAUUUCCUUCGAAGUAUUAUGACUGCACUGCAUAGUUUCUGUGACAGACAACAUUAAACAUUAGUUAGUGUGGUGGACGUUGAGCCUGAUCUCUGUACAUGGUACCAAACUCCUCCCCCUCCUCCUUUACUGGCUCCUGAUUGGCUACCUUACAGUAACACCCCACACAUACCACAGUUGGCAACUUUUAAUGAACAACUUUUAAUGAGCUUUUAGGAAACCACUUUUUUGUAUUUUCUUGGUGUAUUUUCUUAUUCUCUCAUGCUGUCAUGAUUAUGUAAUGUGUUGUGUAAUUGUGAAAUGCAGGACUCCCUUGCAAAAAACCUUGGUCUCAAUGGGACUCCCUGCUAAAAUUAAGGUUUAAAAAAAACAUUGUUUUUAACCCCUCU